GAUCCGACUGGAGUUUCGCUUCUAGCAUAAUCUGAUAUUUAUGAACAUGUUUAAAAGGGACAACUUCAACGGGUUGCGUCUGUUUGACAGAAGAGAGGGGAAUGUGUGUUCGUGCGCGUAUGCGAACGGUUUAUGUUAAUGGUAUUUCUAAAUGAUCGUGCCGUUUGAUGGGAAACAGUGAACGGAAAUAUUUCAAGACUGCAGUUCGUCGGACGAGAUUAGGCUUGAAAAUUCCGCGGAAACGGACGGCGUAAAAUGAAGCCUUUAAUCGAGUUCGAGGAAUGUUUGCGGGACACGCCAAAGUUUCGAUCGUGCAUCGAGGAAGUGGAGACGAAUGUUGAUCUGCUAGAACAAAAGCUAGACAAGGUGUUAAAAAACUGUAGCCAAAUGAUUGACACCGGGAAACUUUUUAUAGGACAGCAAAGUCAAUUCACCAAUAGUCUCUGGGAAUUAUCACUCUACUUUAACGAUGAUUCCGAGAUAAUGGCCUUCCUAAACAAAUUAAUCCAUGCUUUACAAGAAAUGAACAAGUUUCAUACUAUUUUAUUAGAUCAAGCAUCUAGGACCGUGAUUAAAGAUCUUAAUUCAUUCAUCAAAAAUGACAUCAAAAGGGUGAAAGAAUCGCGUCACUAUUUCGAAAAAAUCUCCGCGGACUUGGACAUAGCUUUAAACAAAAAUUCACAAGUCCCAAAGACCAGACCUGCGGAAUACGAAGAAACUUCUAAUAUUUUGUCAGCUACUCGAUCAUGCUUCCGACACACCGCACUAGAUUACAUUCAUUCAUUGACGAUGAUACAGGCACGGAAGCGGCACGAGAUACUAGGUUCAUUACUUAAUUACAUGAACGCCUGUAUCACAUUCUAUCACCAAGGUAGCGACCUGGCGCAAGACUUAGAUCCAUUUUUGAAAGAGCUUGGGGAUGACUUAAUUAAAAUGAGGGCCGACUCGGUGAAGCUUGAGAAAGAAAUGGAGAACCGACAUAUUUACGUUACGAAUAGAGACUUAAUACCCUCAUUAACACCCGGUAAUCCGAAAAUGGAAGGCUACCUUUUCAAACGAACCACCAAUGCAUUCAAAACGUGGAACAGAAGAUGGUUCUGCCUGAAGGACCAGCAGCUCGUGUAUAGAAAAAGAAUUGGUGACAGUGACUAUACCGUCAUGGAAGAAGAUCUUCGUCUUUGCACUGUGAAACCAGUGGUAGACUGUGAUAGAAGAAACUGCUUUGGAGUACUAAGCCCUGCAAAGAGUCACAUUUUGCAAGCUGAUAGCGAAGAAUCAUAUUUAGCAUGGGUAACUGCCGUUCAGCAAGCAAUUGGUGCUGCCAUUCAAAGGGAAUUGCAAUUACAGAACAUAAGAGGCUCGAGUAGACAGGCGAAACCUAAAUCAUGGGUCUGGGAACAAAUCUUGAAAAUUCCUGGUAACGAUAUCUGCUGUGAUUGUGGCGGUGCUAACCCGAGGUGGGCCAGUAUCAACCUUGGAAUCACAUUGUGCAUAGAGUGUUCCGGAGUGCACAGAAGCUUAGGCGUUCAUUAUAGCAAAGUGCGUUCCCUCACGCUAGAUGAUUGGGUGCCGGAAGUAUUGAAAGUGAUGGCGGAGCUCGGGAACACUGUGGUAAACAAUGUCUACGAAGCCCUGCCAAUAACUCCCGACAUAGUUAAAGCUACACCAAAGUGCGCCGGCAACGUCCGUGAAGCUUGGAUAAGGGCUAAGUACGUGGACCGUAAGUUUGUGAAACCGUUCAGCAACAUGAUUUCGUCUGGUCUGAACUCUGGCCAUGACAAGAUGCACUUCCGGAAAUGGAGCGUCCGGAAACUGCGUCGCAGGCCACGGAGUUGCGAUAAAAUCGGCAAUAUGGAGAAGACGGCGACGCUGUCUUCGGUGAAAGAGGGCCAGCACUCGACGAGCUCGGACGACAGCAAGCACACGUCUAUAGAGAGCUUAAGCUCCGUAGACAAAGCGAAGAAAGUUGAAAGAAGUUCCUUGAGCUCCGACGAUAGCAUGAAUCUAGAUCUGAAGAACGAAUCUACACUGCAUGGCAAGAUAAUGGUGCGAGCUCGUAGCGAGAUUAGAGAGACCGUUAAAACUGUCGACAGCAAUACAGAGUCGAGCGUCGAGAACGAGCCCAAGCUUGACUCCUCGGAGGCAGCUGACAAUACGAUAUCCAACUCGGAGAAUAGUUUAUCGUUGAAAAGCGAAGUGUCCUUAACCGCGGAGAUUUCCGACGUCAAAGACGUCAUAGAGAAUAAGGAUGUCGGGACCGAGAAGCAGUGUACAAAGAGGAUAGAGUCGGACGUGCUGAUGUUCGGGUGCGAUCUACCAAAGCCAUCGAUCGAUAAUAGCUUAGAGUUAAGUUCGGAUCAGGACUCCACCGUCGGCGAAGACGAAGAGUUCACCGACGAGGAGGAUAUUGAGAAUUUGCAUCCCGACAUGCUGCUCUACAAAGCCGCCGCUGCACACAAUCUUCCGGUGAUGUGCGCAGCUUUUGCGACUGGUGCUGAUAAGUCCUGGUCCAAUGUCAAUGAUAAGGGACGCAACGCACUUCAUCAAGCCAUUAUAAGCGGAUCUGUAAUGUCCUGCGAAUACCUGAUUCUUAAUGGUGCCCGUAUUAAUUGCCAGGAUACCGACGGAAAAACUGCACUGUACUUGGCCACAGAGUUAGGCCAUACUGCCCAAGUGUGUUUACUCCUGAAGCAUCGUGCCAACCAGCACAUUGAGGACGAAAGUGGUGUGAAGCCUCUGUCAUUAGCUGUGAAGGAAGCUAACGCAGACAUUGUCACUCUAUUGCGUCUUGGUCUCCUGAACGAGGAAAUGAAGAAUUCGGAGAUCGGUAUCAGCGGCGACGAAACGUUUAAUGACGUAGUCCGCGAUUUUAGCCAAUUGGCAUGCUCUCACCCGGAACGAUUACAACGACGAAAUGAAAGUAACAACGCUGCCCAACCACCCGAAUGAGGUUUAAGGUCGUGCAAGUCUUAUUUGCAGAAUGUAAAAAGCUUGCUACAACGCAAAGAGAAGAAGGAAAAGAGCGCAUCGAGAGUGUCGUCUUUCAGUUCCUUGCAGGGUAACAAAGUUGGUUAACGAGGUAAGCACGUAGAAAGUGGAACUCGAAGGUAUAGCAAUCGAGAAAAAAAGAAACUGAGAUUGAAACAGAGUCUCUCUCUCUCUCUCUCUCUCUCUCUGCACUAAACGAUCUCCGCGCGACGAACAUGUGAUUUUGAUAUCUCCCUGAUUUCCCGUUUUGUAUUUAGAUUCGAACGAACCAAGAAACUUUCAGAUUCUUUGCCAAAAAAAAACAUAAAGGGAAUAUGUAAAUUAUAUUUUGCUUACUCAUGGUAUAAUGCUAUCCGGUGAUAAACUGUUGAGGACGUCUCUUCCUUCCCCUGUACCUACUGCUCCAUAAAAAAAUUCACAGAGAAAUAUCUCUUCCACGACACAACGGAAUUUUGAGACUCGUAAAGUUUUGCAGGUAUGAAAGAGCGUAGAUUAUUAUUAGCGGGUACUUGUAUAACGUUUAUGUGAUACGAGAAACGUGACAAAAUAGCGUUAACUCUGUUAAAUACGAGAAGUUUUACUAUUUAACCGACAUCACGGUUGUUCCAACACGAUAGUACGGUCUAGCAAGAUGUCUUUGGAAGAACGACAAUUUUAUACGUAUAUCUGUUUUUUAUAUACUUAAUAUUAUCCAGUAGUGUAUAUACGGCUGGCACUAAAAGUUAUUGUUUCAGUUUUAUUCAUUCGAUUGGGUUGGUGCACGUGAAGCUUUUUGCACUGCAAUAAUUAGGCUGCAGGUUUGUUUAUGCAUUUACGCCAGACCUGAGUGUGCAAAACGCGGUGAAUAAAACGUUCGCUAAUACAUUCCGUAGAAUUUCGAAGUUUUAACGUAAAGACGAAAGGUGAUAAUAAUCAAGUUAGUCGCAAUUAUCUAGAGAAAGACUAAUCACCGGAAAAAAAAAGUAGAAAAAGAUAAAUGUGAUCGUGUGUAAUGAAUUUGUAAAAUGUGUGCUUACGAGUUGAUCGACAAGAAGAGUAUUUUACGUGCAACAAUCCAAUAAUCGUAGCGACGCGAUACCGUGUAAUUAGUAUCGAACUAUGACAUUAUUGAUACAUAGAGUUUAUGUAGUUGAUCUAGAUGUUACAUUUCUGAAUAGCUAUAAAACUGAACCCAUUGAAUUACCAAAAUAGAUUAAAGACGAUUCUGUAAGUAGUUACUGAUUAAUAUAGAAUUUGUUGCCAAAAAUGUGAAACGUUUGUACAUACAAACUUAGGGAGAUCUGAUUACUAUUCGAUGUUGUAUACUUGGGAGCAAAUACUUUAUUUCCGUGGACCAUUUCCGCGUCCACGCGAGCGCAUAAUUUAAUGCAGUGUGUCAGAAUCUUUCUGCUUGUUUCUGCGAGGUUUUAAUCGAUCUAAAUUUCUGUUAAUUUACGCGGACGUAGGUACAAUGAUGUGUAGAUUUUAUGAGACAGAACUUGCCGGAACAAACGUUGAUUUAUUCCAUUGUGAUUAUUAGAUGAUAGACGUUUUCUUCGAAUAAUUGACUAACGUAUAAAAUAUACAAGACUUAAAAUCUCAAAGCAAAAUUGAUCAUAAAUGUUUAAUGUUACGACAUAAUGCACAUCGUUGUACACUCUUCUCUAUUUUCCAUGACUUGUACAACGAAUAUGUUUAACGUUCAUUGUUUACUUUUCAUUGUAAUAUUAUGGAUUGUUUUAACAGUAUUGAUAAAAGUCUUUUUUAAUGUAAUGCAUGGAUUUUAAUGCAUAGCGAAAGGAAAAGUGCGAAACCGAGGAAAAAAAUAGAUAGUUAAGUAGAGGCUUUAUCGAUAGAGUUGCGGAUCAGCGUACAGAAAAAAAAGAAACCGAAUCAUUGGCUCUUCUAUGUCUACAGUUUAAUAUAUUUCUCAUUGUUUGAUUUACAUGUAGUAUGUAUUAAGGGGACCGGAAAGUUAUGUCGUUUGUUCACAUUAAAUACAAACAGAUAAAUUUUUAA